UUUUUGCCUCUUUCUUUCACACUCAAUCCUGAGCCCACUGCUAACACACACAACAGAAGCAAGGUAUCUUCACAUGGGAAGUCAUUGUGGACACUCUUGUAUAUGGUGUCUGGAUGGCUGCGCUGUGCCUGUCAUCUUUCUCCCUAGUGAUGUAUGGAUGGGGUGACGGCGACCUCGGAAGUGGCUGCAACACCAGCUACCAUGGCAGCGCUCACUAUGAUGGCAACUGUGAAACGGUGUUCCGUGCUCGUGCAACAACAUUCGUUUGCAUGACCUGGUUCGCGCUCUUCCUGGCGUGGGAACAGAUUGACAUGCGGCGCAGUUUCUUCCGCAUGCAGCCUAACUCCAAGAGAUACUUUACCCAGUGGAUGUUUGAUGUUUGGCGCAACAAGUUCCUUUUCACCGGUAUCAUGAUCGGAUUUAUCACCACAUUCCCAAUUCUGUAUAUCCCUGGGCUCAACGAUGUGGUAUUCAAGCACACCGGCAUCUCCUGGGAAUGGGGAGUGGUAUUCGUGGAGGCAAUCCUGUUCUUCAUGGGCGUUGAGCUGUGGAAGUGGUGCAAGCGGAUCUUUUUCCGGCGCCAGGCGUACCGUCACAAGAACGAGGGUGACAAGAGGCCCCCCAACGACUUCAGCCGGUACACCACGAUGAGCCGGUCUGAUACACAAACAGCGAGCGACUUGAAGAUCGAAAAGUCCAUGGUUUAAAUACACGAUACCAUGGCUUCCUUUGCACAUUUUGAUUCCGCUCAUCUUGUACGGGAGAACCCCCCCACCGGCGAGGCCAUCUCGCCAUGGGCGUUUAGAUUCACGGUUUCCAACAUUAAUCUUCAUUUGUCGGUCUGUUAGAGAAGACCCUCAGAGGGUUAUUAAGGCAUCACCUUGCGUUGAUGAUUAAUGUUAUCACUGCGAGACGUGAUCAUGAGUUUUGGCGUAUAUACUUAAUGAGCAUAGUUCAUAGACAAAUACCAUUUUUCUUUUCUCCUUUCAAUCCUGUUGUUCUUUGUAGGAACGGUGAAAGGAGUGGAACACGAACCUCGUUUCUCUUCCGUGGCGUGUAUCAGGUGGAGACGAAAAUUCAACGAGCAUCAUCUGCGACAGUAGCUAGGUUAGUCAACUUAGAGAAAGGCGUCAGUACCAUGAGCAAAGUAGUGAUCUGGUAACACCAGCCACCGGGAGAUUAAAUAGAAUGCCCUGUUAAUCAGGCUCCGAGCGAGUCGGAAGGGUCGCCUAGGGAGGAGAAUGAGAGCGGAGGGCGGAAGCACAGGGCCCUUAAAUACACCAUGGAGGGAAAAAAAA